AUCUUCAAGAACUACCAGUUUAUUUUGGCCUUGACUUUUGCUAUUGAAGAGAUCAACAAAAACCCUCAUCUUUUACAUAACUUGACUCUGGGAUUUGAGUUCUGUAAUUUUGAAUUUGAUGUUUGGAAUGAAUUAAAAAGUGCCAUUCUUUGCCUCUUUGGGAAGAACAACACUCUCAAUUACACAUGUAUGGGAGACAGAAAGUAUACAGCAGUACUUACAGGACCAUCAGGAAUAACAUCUGCCCAGCUUGGGACAUUGCUGAACCUCUACAGGUUUCCACAGCUUACCUUUGGGUCUUUUGAUCAAGCCCUGAGCGACCAUAACAAGUUCCCUGCUCUCUAUCAGAUGGCUCAAAAGGACACAUCGAUGGCCACUGCCAUGGUCUCCUUACUGCUUCACUUCAGAUGGAACUGGGUGGGACUGCUAAUCAUAGAGGAUGAGAAUGGCUUGUGGUUUCUUUCUGAAUUGAAAGAAGAGAUGGCCAAGAAUAGAGUCUGUGUAGACUUUGAGCUAGCACUCACGAACAAUAUUAUUUUACAUAAAACAAAACUCAAGGCAGUUAAAGACCAGGUUAACAGAUCAUCGGCUAAUGUCUUCAUUAUAUAUGGUGAUAAUGAAUUUCUACUUGUUUUGCAAUUGAUAAUAAAAGGCAAAAUUUGUAUCAUGAAUUCACAAUGGGAUUUGACAAUGAGUAGGGGUUAUUUCCUGCUGGGAUCAUCGCAGGUACCUCUCAUGUUUUCACACCAUCACCCAGAUGUUUCUGGAUUCACAGAUUUUGUCAAGGCAGUGAACCCUUCCAAAUACCCUGAAGACGCUUUCCUUGCUCAGGUGUGGUAUGUCUCUUUUAAUUGCUCUGUUUCUGAGUCUGACUGUGUAACAUGGGAGAACUGUGCUCACAAUGCUUCUUUGGAUUUGUUGCCUCGGCAUAUUUUAGACAUAACUUUGUCUGUGGACAGUUACAAUAUAUACAAUGCUGUCUACGCUGUAGCCCAUGCUCUCCAUGAGAUGCUUCUUCAUCAAGCAGAAGUACAAACCAUGGGAAACAGAAAAGGGACAGUGCCUUCUCCUGCACAGCUGCACCCUUUUCUGAAGAACAUCCAAUUUCAGAAUCCUGCUGGAGAUCAGGUGACUUGGGAUGAGAAAAUGAAAUUGGAGGCAGAGUAUGACAUUGUGAACAUUUGGAAUUUCCCACAUAGUAUUCAUCUUGAGGUGAAAGUAGGAAAGUUUUCUCCAUAUACUCAUCAACUCUCUUUAUCUGAAGAAAUGAUACACUGGACCAUAGCAUGUACAGAGCCUCCCCACUCUGUCUGCAGUAUAAGUUGUAGUGCGGGAUUCAGGAAAGCCCCUCAGGAGGGAAAGGCUGCCUGUUGCUUUGAUUGUACCCCUUGCUCAGAGAAUGAGAUGUCUAAUGGGACAGACAUGGAGCAGUGUGUGAAGUGUCCAGAUCACCAGUAUGCCAACACAUGGAGAAACCAGUGUCUUCUAAGAACUGCAAGCUUCCUGGCUUAUGGGGAGCCCUUGGGUAUGGCCUUGGCCUGCAUGGCUCUUGGUUUAUCGACACUCACAACAGCUGUUCUUGGGGUCUUUGUGAAACAUCACAACACCCCCAUUGUCAAGGCAAAUAACCAGGCUAUCAGCUACAUCCUGCUCAUCUCCCUCAUCUUCUGUUCCCUCUGUUCCUUGCUCUUUAUUGGCCGUCCCAAUACAGUCACAUGUAUUCUACAGCAAUCCACCUUUGGAAUUGCAUUUACUGUCGCUGUUUCUGCAGUCUUGGCCAAAACUAUAACUGUAGUUCUGGCCUUCAAGGUCACUUCUCCAGGGAGAAGAAUGAGGUGGCUGCUGGUGUCAGGGGCUCCUAACUUCAUCAUUCCCAUCUGUACCCUGAUCCAGGUGACUCUCUGUGGAAUCUGGUUUGGAACCUCUCCUCCCUUCAUUGACAUAGACACACACUCCGAACAUGGCCACCUCAUCAUCCUGUGCAACAAGGGCUCCCUCACUGCCUUCUACUGUGUCUUGGGAUACCUGGGCUCCCUGGCCCUGGCCAGCUACACUGUGGCUUUCCUGGCCAGGAAUUUGCCGGACACCUUCAAUGAAGCCAAGUUCCUGACCUUCAGCAUGCUGGUGUUCUGCAGUGUGUGGCUCACCUUCCUGCCUGUCUACCACAGUGCCAAGGGAAAGAUCCCGGUGGCUGUGGAGGUCUUCUCCAUCUUGGCCUCCAGUGCAGGGCUUCUGGGCUGCAUCUUUGUCCCCAAGUGCUACAUCAUCUUGAUUAGGCCAGAUAGGAAUUGUCUGUAUGGCUUCAAGGAUAGAAGAGAUAGAUGUAGAAAUAAGCAUUGCUAA